UCAGCCAUGAGUCAGCGGGAGAUUAGUCAUCCCCUCCACUGGCCUUUUUUCCCUUCGCCCUUCGCCCUUACCUUACCUUACCCCCCAAACCCCAAACCAAACCUGUUCCGUUCCUUCUCCAUCUGGCAUCUGUCUCCAACGCGUUACUCGAUUCGGCCUGCCCUUCGAUCUUCGCAAACAUCAUUCCUCUUUCGGCCAUCCUCUAACCCUAUACAACCGAUACAUCUUCCAAGCUCGAACCUCUUAUCAUCGCCAUCGCCCCAACUCCUGUCCCUCCGCCGCCAUGGCUGAUAUCACCGCCGUCUCCGACGAAAAUCCUUCUCCUCCCCAGGAUGAUCUAGUCUCCGGGGGCAAUGGCGCUGCUGCUGCUGCUGCCGCUGCUGUCGCCGCUGCCGUUGAGAAUCGCGGUACUAAGCGUCCUCGAACCAGCAACGCGGGCGACGAAGAUGAUGAUGACGAGGAUAAGCCUGGCCGUGAACGCCGGAAGAUUGAAAUCAAGUUCAUCCAGGACAAGUCGCGUCGCCACAUCACUUUCUCCAAGCGAAAGGCUGGCAUUAUGAAGAAGGCGUACGAAUUAUCCGUCCUCACUGGCACCCAAGUCCUACUCCUAGUUGUAUCCGAAACGGGUCUCGUUUACACGUUCACCACUCCGAAACUCCAACCUCUUGUCACCAAGCCGGAAGGGAAGAAUCUUAUCCAGGCCUGCCUUAAUGCUCCAGAGCCCACCACUAACGAGAAUGGCGUCGAAGUCCCCGAAGUACCCCCCGAAACCUCAGACGAUGUCAGCCAUGCCAAUGUCGCGGGCCAGCAGCCCAAUAUUCCCCGUCCUGGUGGCAUGCAUCCGGGAUAUAUGUCCAGCGAGCACCAGCAACAGAUUGCAUAUUACCAGAACCUCCAACAACAGCAACAGCAAGCACAGGCCGGAGGUCAGUAUCCAGGUAUGCCAGUUGGUGCACGCCUACCACAGCAACAUCAACCCGCUGCAUAGGUUCCUUUCUAUCUUUUCGUUCUUCUUUUCUAUUUUUAUCCUUGUCGCGCUCCCUCAUUCCUGGCUUCCUUUUGUCCCUUAAUGGCUGGCGUAAAAAUGUACUGCAAGUUGCCUUUAUUUUUUCUCAUCUUUUUCUUUACUUCUAUCAUGUAUUUUUCCAUCCCCUUUUCCCUAUUUCUAUGUUGAUGCUUUGAUGCUUUUGUUUUUCGCGCAUGGGUUGCUCCUUGCCCCUUGAUUGAUACCCAACUGGCAAAACGUGAUGCCUUGAGCAUGUCCACGUCCACUACGGUAGGCUAUGCUCAAGGGCUCAACGAGAAUGAGAAAGGAGAAAACAUGUCAACCGUCGUGGCGUUGCUCUUUAUCAUUACUCUGCACUACCCUCUCUAACUCUCAUCCCUCGCGAUUGUCUCGCAAGCACAAACACAUUAUGAUGAACGAUUUUUGUUAAACAAACCAAGCAAGAAUAUUUUCGAAAGAAGGCAAAUCAGAACAGAACAUGAACUAGCUUCAUGACUUUGCUGAUCUUAUCAAAUAUGCUUCUUCUGUUGAUUUUUAUUUUAUAUUUUUCAACCUUUCUCAGUUUCAGUGGCCUCCGUUGCUGCAUAUCUCACCCCUUCUUUUGAAACCCCCCGCUUUUUCGCCAUUGAAAUGCCCCCCGCCAGCCAGCCAUCCCAUAUCCCUGCUUACACCUUACACAUAAUACAUAACCCGUACCCAUAUGCACACACAUCUCCCCACACACAGAUAAACGUCCAUCAUGGCCACUAACGUGCCCAUGUCAACAGAAUAACAUAAACACACACAGAACAAUAUAGAGGGGGGAUUAAAACCUAUGGAAUAUGUGGGGAUUGGGAUAUUGUUACAUGGGAUACAUGGAUAUCGGAUAAUCAACUGUGGAGGAAAAAAACGUUAAUACCCAUAUGGAAGGCAGGAAACUUCUAGAUAUAUAUGCGUGUAUAUAUACUAUGCGGUGUUAUAAAGCGCGGGAACGACAAACGAAAUAUGAAAAAAGGAGAACAAAGAGAAAAGCGAAGGCGGACAAUAUCUCUUCACGGAUUGGGUUGGAGGAAAGGAGUGAGAGAGUGACGGUAGCGUAAGGGAAAGAAGAGAGGAUCUUUUUCUCUUUCUCUUUCUUUUUCCCCCCGUUCCCCUUUGGUUUUCUUAUCUUUUUCUUUGCUUUUAUCAGGGAGUAUCAGGGAGGAGGCGUUAUUCUUUUUUAUGGUUAUUGUACCACGUAUGUGUGUGUUUAUGUGUGUGUUUGUGUGUUUGUGCUCGAUCUCUUCCCUCCUCCUUUUUCCUUUUUAUUAUCGUUUUGCAGCACAACUGACCAUCCCGCUCUCCUGUACUCCCUUUCCUCCGCCCCACCCAGCCUUCCCCUGUUCUGCCCUGUUUUAGUUUGGUGUUGUCCGCUUCGGUUCAGGUCAUCGUGUGUGUGCCCUCGUCUAGACGCACGCGACCGAGGUUUUUCUAGAUCUAGUAGGGAGGGGGAGGGUAGGAGUUGACAAGCGACUGGGGGGUGUGUGUAUGCGUGGGCUGCGAGGAAUGGGAGUUGGAGAGGAGAACCGGGGGGGUUGACGAGGAAAACGAGAUGGAGGAAGGGUGUUUCCCUUUUUUUUUGUCCGUUGCGGUGUUCAAUUGAAAUAUUUCUACACGUUGUACCAAGGCAGGGAGGAAUUAUGGAAGGCUUCUAUUCUUUUUUCUUUUUCUUUUCUUUUUCUUUCUUUUUUCUUUUUUUUUUUUUUUUUUUUUUUG